UGUGUGUGUGUGUGUGUGUGUGUGUGUGUGUGUGUGUGUGUGUGUGUGUGAAGUUGCAGCUCGGCUCACCUCUGCGUGACUCUCCGGUGUUGUCGGUAACCCGUCGCCACAUUUCCUCGUCCGGAUCCGGCGUGGUGAACAGAAACCGGGCUGAAAGGCAAAGUCAUGUUCAGACUCCUCAGUCACCAAGGUAAGAGGACGCAGAGCUGCCUCGCAGCCCAGCGGCGCUAUGAGCACCACAGGGCCGUCAUGGCCAUCCGCCGCGAGGACGUCAACCCGUGGGAGAGGAGGGCGCCGCUGGCCCCGCGGCACGUCAAAGAGCUCACCAACGCCGGCGUCAAAGUCCUGGUGCAGCCGUCCAACCGCAGAGCAAUCCACGAGAAGUACUUCCUGAGGGCGGGCGCCGUCGUGCAGGAGGACAUUUCGGAGGCGUCUCUGAUAAUCGGGGUGAAGAGGCCGCCGGAGGAGAAGGUGAUUCCCAGGAAGACGUAUGCUUUUUUCUCCCACACCAUCAAAGCUCAGGAGGCCAACAUGGGGCUGCUGGAGGACCUGCUGACGAAGGAGGUUCGUCUGAUCGACUACGAGAAGAUGGUGGAUCCUAACGGCUACAGGAUCGUAGCGUUUGGUCAGUGGGCCGGCGUCGCAGGAAUGAUCAACAUUUUGCACGGGCUCGGGCUUCGCUUCCUCGCCCUCGGGCACCACACGCCCUUCAUGCACAUCGGCAUGGCUCACAACUACAGGAACGUCAGCCAGGCCAUCCAGGCAGUGAGGGAUUGUGGGUAUGAGAUCUCCAUGGGCCUCAUGCCCAAAUCUAUCGGACCCGUGACGUUUUGUUUCACCGGUACCGGCAACGUCUCCAAGGGAGCACAAGACAUCCUGAACGAGCUUCCUGUUGAGUAUGUUGAACCUCAUGAGCUGAAGGACGUCUCUGAAACAGAAGAUCUGGCCAAAGUUUACGCCACCGUCCUGAGCCGACAUCACCACCUGGUGAGGAAGAGCGACAGCAUAUACGACCCUAUGGAGUACGAGAACCACCCGGAGCUGUACACCUCGCACUUCAGGACCAGCGUGGCGCCCUACACAACCUGCCUGAUCAACGGCAUUUACUGGGACCCCCACACGCCCCGACUCCUGCGACGCCUGGACGCCCAGAAGCUGAUCAGACCGUCUAAAAGCUCUCAUGCGUUCGCCGAAGGAUCACCGGGGCUGCCGCACAAACUGCUGGCCAUCUGUGACAUAUCCGCCGACACCGGAGGAUCAAUAGAGUUCAUGACCGAGUGCACCACCAUCGAUAAGCCUUUCUGCAUGUACGACGCAGACCAGCACAUAGACCACGACAGCGUGGAGGGAAACGGGAUCCUCAUGUGCUCCAUCGACAACCUUCCCGCUCAGCUCCCCAUCGAAGCCACUGAGUACUUCGGAGACCGACUCUUCCCUUACAUCUGGGAGAUGCUGCCGUCAGACGCCACCAGGCCGCUGGAGGAGGAAGAGUUCAGCCCGCAAGUCAGAGACGCCGUCAUCACCUCAAACGGAGCGCUGACACCGAAGUUUGAAUACAUCGAGAAGCUUCGGGAAAGAAGGGAAAAAGCUCAGAUCAUGAAGAAGUCUGGGAUGAAGCGGGUUCUGCUGCUGGGUUCUGGAUACGUCUCGGGACCGGUAGUUGAGUAUUUGACUCGCGACGAGAAGACCCAGGUGACUGUGGCAUCGGUGCUGUUGAAGCAGGCGGAGGAGCUGGCAGCCAAAUAUCCGAACACCAUCCCCGUCACGCUGGACGUCAGCAGCCAGGAAGGACACCUCGACUCUCUGGUCAAAGAUCACGACCUGGUCAUCAGCGUGCUGCCGUACUCCUUCCACCCGCUCAUCGCCAAACACUGCAUCAAGAGGAAGGUGAACAUGGUGACGGCGAGUUACCUGAGUCCUGCCAUGAAGGAGCUGCACAGCAGUGUGGAGGAGGCGGGCAUCACCAUCGUGAAUGAGAUGGGACUGGACCCGGGCAUCGACCACAUGCUGGCCAUGGAGUGUAUCGACCAGGCCAAAGCUGACGGCUGCACUGUGGAGUCGUACAGCUCGUUCUGCGGAGGUCUUCCUGCUCCCGAGUGUUCAGACAAUCCUCUCCGCUACAAGUUCAGCUGGAGUCCGUACGGCGUCCUCCUCAACACCAUCAGCCCCGCCAUCUUCCUCCGAGACAACCAGGUGGUGAGCAUCCCGGCCGGCGGCUCUCUGAUGGAGUCCACCACACCGAUGGAUUUCCUUCCUGGUUUCAGUCUGGAGGGAUUCCCAAACCGCGACAGCACCAAGUACGCCGAGCCGUACGGCAUCCAGACGGCACACACACUGAUCCGAGGAACGCUGCGCUUCAAGGGCUUCUCAAAGGCCAUGAGCGGGUUUGUCAAACUGGGUCUGAUCCACAGCGAAGCCUGUCCCAUCCUGCACCACUCUGCGUCCCCGGUGUCCUGGAAAGAGCUCCUCUGUACUCAGAUGGGAUUGUCUCCUUCUGUCUCCAACGAAGCCUUUGAAGACGCCGUAUACGAACGCAUCGGAAAGGACGACUUCGGGAUGGACAGCCUGAGAUGGUUUGGAAUGCUGAGCGACGAGCCGGUGCCGCACGCCGACAGCGUUCUGGCUGCGCUGACAAAACACCUGGAAGCCAAACUCUCUUUCGAGAAGGGCGAGCGAGACAUGAUCAUCCUGAGGAACGACGUGGGGCUUCGCCACCCGACUGGUGAGCUGGAGACCAAACACAUUAGCCUGGUGGUGUACGGAGACCCCAACGGCUUCUCCGCCAUGGCCAAGACUGUGGGAUACCCAGCAGCCAUUGCUGCUCGCAUGGUCCUUGAUGGUGAAAUCACGACGAAGGGGCUGGUGGUCCCGAUGGUAAAGGAGGUCUACGGGCCGGCGCUGGCCCGACUGAAGGAGGAGGGGCUUAACUUCAUGUUCAAGAGCACUAUUGAGGAGUAGAACCAACAGCGCCUAAAAAGAUGUACAAAAUUCAAAUGCUAUCAGCUGCGUGCACAAACUUCAUCCUUCAGACUCUCCUGUCUUUCUCUGGUAGUCGGUAUUUACGGUCAUAGCAUUAACUCACCUGCCGGGGCUGAUACAGUAAAUACUGACUGUUGAAUUAGUCCAUUUGAAACAAAUAGUCAAAUGUUUUAAUCCACAAAAGUUAUUUUUAUAUUGAGUGUUACGACUUUUAGGCAGUACUUUACAACGUGAUCGUUUUUUAGGUCAUAAAGCUAAAAAGGCAGCUUGUGCAGUUCGAUAUUAUCAUCCUGAGUUUGGUUGAAUUCGCUCACCUGUGCCAAACUGAAAGAGUUUUACUGGCGCCGACUGUUUGAGAGAAAAGUUCUUCUGUGAAGAUCUGCAGAACCAUGAUGUAUUUAACACUAUUUUAGGCAUUACAAAUCUAAAGCGUUAAAGGAGGGAGAGACUGCUGUGGAAACCAGGCAGAGCCACAAAAACUACGGCCAACUGAACUAGCUAAAGUUGUAUCGGAAGUUUUUCCCACAUCAUCUCAAACGGCUUCUUCAUUGAAACGGAUUACUGAAUUAAAUAAAAUGCAGCCUUGAAACUGUACGAUAUCAACACCUCAGUUACAAGCUUCAGCAUGUCCUCAAACGUGUCGUGGAAAUCAAGCUGAGCAGAAAUCCAGAAUCAAACCCAAAACAAUAAAUUCUGUAUCGCGGUGGAGUCAUGAAGCUGAGAGCUGCCGCCGAUAAAACACUUCAGCUGGACUUCACAGGAUGUUGAGUUAAUUCAUUUCAAAUCAUCACAGACAUUUUAAGAUAGAUUUAAAAUGUCUAAAAAGUAAAUAGUGGUGCUGUCUUUGGAGUAUUAUUAAUAUUUCUGAACUCUUGAUCUUGAGUCAUUAAAUGAAACAGGAUCAGCUCCCGGCUUCUGUCGAGCUCAGAGGUUUAAAAGCGUGAAUACUGUAUUUAUGAGACCCGUGUGAAGUUUCCUUGGUGAGAUAUUCUUCUACUGCCUGAGUCAUAUUUAUUUUAUUUGGGGGGUGGGUUUGGUCACCUUGUAAACAGUUUGUUACGUGCUUUAAGUGGGUAAAAAAAAAAAGAAAAUAAAGGUAUAAGAGUUAUUUAACCUGAGAUCUAUUUUUUAAAAUAAUGUAUCCAUAUCUGAUAUGUAGCUUAUAUGUUGGCUUCCGGAAGGUUUUUAACGGAAGUAGAUUUGAUUUGUGUUCCUGUCCAGAUAUCAAAAGAGAAUUGACAUAAAUGACGUUACAGAUUCAGAAGGGAACACGUCAGAGAAUCACAGAAUAUCAAUCUGAACGUCGGUUUCUCUCACACGUGAACACAGUUUUAUGUUUUUUGUUGUUGUUUGAACUGAGUCAUGAAUACCGAACACACUUGCAUUUAUACAAGCUUGUUUUGAUGGAACAGUUUUGCUUUCAGAACAUGUAAAAGUGGUUAUUUGAAUAAAAAUCCUUCUGUCAUGUU